GGCUGGAUAAAGGGGGCGGAGGUAGCCAAGUCAGCAGAAGCUAGCUAGAAAGCUAAGAUGGUGGAGCUCCUUCGAAGGCACAAGAAUAAGUUGUUGUUGACGGCGCUAGCUGCCACAGGCUUGUAUGGGGCUGGACGAUAUGUACUGAGGAUACUUGAAGAGCGGCGUUCAUUCGAGGCACUACCUAGUCUACACAGUUCAAGAUUGUUAGAGCAUUGUCGGAGCAAUCAUGCCACGACUGUGAGUGCGGUGUUGAGUGUGGCACCGAGACUAGCAGACACUCUCUCCCUACAACUCAACACAGACGCAAUCACACAACAGCUCAAGACUAAACCCUCCAACAAGGUGGCACUGUGGGACGACCUCAAGAGCUUGAGUUUUGCACGUCUUGUGGCAAGUGUGUACAGCAGUACAUUAUUGGCUUCCUUUAUGAGUGUGCAACUGAGUAUACUAGGAGGCUGCAUGUUUCAAGACCUGCACAAGAGCACUGUAACUGAAGAUGCUCACAAGUCCUACCUAGCCAUGGUGGAACACCUCCUCAGUGAAGGUGUUGUGGGUUUGUGUGAGGCUGUGUGCAGAGCUGCUGAUACAGUAUUGGCCCCCUAUUCUCUCAAGGAAGGUGUCACAUGUCAGGGCUUGGAGCAACUAUUGAGAGAUGUGCAACACUCAACUGCAUCACUGGGAGGAAGGUCUAGGAGGUGUUUCCUGAUCCAGUUUGCUUUGCCUCAAGAGAGUCUUGUCACUAAGACUAAUCCUGACUUGAGUGCUGCCAUGAGAGAUGUAUUAGAAAGCCAGGCUUUCUCAGAAGUGUUGGAGACAUGCUUGGAGGUGGCCUUCACUACACUAACAGGAGCACUCACUCAGAGCUACCAUUCUGCCUCUCAAAGCUUGACUGUGUUACCGUUGGCCCGACUGAUCCCCAUGGUAACAGACCACACCCACAUUGUGUUUGGUGGCGAGGCUUCUGGUGUCAUGCAGUCAGUACUAGAAGAACAGAAAUUGUUGACAUUUUCACAAAACAUUUACGAGUCAUUUUCUCAGAAAUAGUAAUAAUAAUAAUUUUGUGUACAAAAAUUGAAUGUGAUUGUUUCAUGGA